GACAUUGACAGUAUGUCAACUUUGACGUUCAUCCUGACACUUGCUCCGAAAUUUAUAACCACUUUUGAUAAAAUUUUAUAAAUAUUUACGUGAAAUUAAUAGUAAUUCAAACAAAAUACUGCUUACUUCCAAAUAUGUGAUUAGUUUAUGUUCAAUGGCGUCUGCAGAUCUCUCAGAUAAUGAAAAUCAUCAAAUUGUAAGGGAAAUUGAUCACAAUGAAAUUGAGCAACUAGAGAUUGUAGGAGAAGGAAGUUUUGGUGUUGUUUAUAAAGGAAUAUGGAACAACACAUUUGUAGCUGUAAAAAACAUUACUCGAGAGGAAGAAAAAAAAGCUUUUCUUAUUGAAGUGAGACAACUGUCAAGGGUGGACCAUGAAAAUAUAGUAAAACUUUAUGGGGCUUGCACUAAAGGAGCUCAAUUCUGCCUUGUAAUGGAAUAUGCUGAAGGGGGAUCUUUAUUCAAUGUUUUGCAUCGUUCAAACUUACAUUAUACAAUUGCACAUGCUAUGUCAUGGGCAUAUCAGUGUUCAAAGGGUGUGGAGUAUUUACAUGCGAUGCAACCUAAGCCUUUAAUCCAUAGAGAUUUGAAACCACCGAAUUUGCUAUUAAUUAAUGGUGGUGUUCAUUUAAAGAUAUGUGAUUUUGGUACAGCUGCUGACAAAAGUACUUACAUGACUAAUAAUAAAGGUUCAGCCGCUUGGAUGGCACCUGAGGUGUUCACCUCUUCUAAUUACACUGAGAAAUGUGAUGUAUUCAGUUGGGGCAUUAUUUUAUGGGAAGUUCUUUCAAGGAAAAAACCUUUUUACAACCAAGGCGGUUCUGCAUUUAGUAUAAUGUGGGCCGUUCAUAAAGGAAAAAGGCCUCCUUUAUUACGAAACUGUCCACCUGUAAUCGAAAAUUUAAUGACGUCAUGCUGGGACCAGGAACCAACAAAUAGGCCAAGUAUGGAAGAGAUCGCCAGAAAAAUGGCUGUUAUAUGUUCAUUACUUCCUGGUGCAGAGAAAUCUAUCCAAACAUCAGCAUACAAUUGUGAAGAUGACGAGGACAUUGCCGAAGUCGAAGAAGAGGAAGAGCAAGAUGAAGAAUAUUUUGAUACAGAAAUAGAAGACAUUUUCAAAGUACCUAUGAAUACAAAUGGAGAUAAUGCCGUUUUGACACUACCUCAACCAAAUGCAGAUUUCUUGAAACCUCUGACUGUGGAAUGUGAUCCUAAAGCAUGGGAUCGAGAAUUGGAGAGGAGCUAUUACAUGCAAACUAUGGCUGGAUUUGAUAAAGCGAUUCCGAAAAAUGGCGAGGGUACAGCAAACACAAUACAAGCUGGUGUACAAAGCUCCACAGAAAAUCAACACACAAACCAAGACUUAAGCAAUAUGAAAGUACUUUUAGAUUCACUAGAUCCUCAUUUAAGACCGGCAACACCCGACCAUUCAGAUCCUAAAUCAGUAGCUUUGCUAGAGGAACACAUGAAACUGGCUGAAGAAUAUUGGAAGGUCCAAACAGAGCUAGUAUUAUUGACACAACAAAAAAAUAAAUUAUUGGCAGCCAAAGAAGAAGACGAAAGAAGAAAAAGGAAUCUUAAGGUUCUUCAAGAAGAAAAAGAGUCUUUGAUGGUCGCAAGAGACCUCUUGCAACAACAAAAAGAAUUAUCAUCAAGAGAUAUCUUGAGGCAACAAAAAGAUAGGCCAACGACUCCUUCAGGCAAUUCAUCGAGAAAUUCAAUAGAUAAUUGGGUGAUAGUACCAAGAGAAGGUCAACAAAGUUAGCGAAACCAUCAAUGUUGAUUUUUUUUAUUUGGUAUGUUCUAAUUUUAAAACGAUACUAUUUUUAUCGGGACACCAAAAUUGUCAAAAAUAUGAUAAACGGUUCUCCUCUAUACACACUCCAAUCCAUGAAAUCAAAUUUCUCAUAAACAGUUCAUUUUUAUUGAAGUUAUUUUUGGAGCUUAAAGUGUAGGGAUGAGCCUCCCCGAUUACUGUUUGUUUUGUAAAUUCAUUCAUACUACAUAUGAAUGUACAUAAUCUUCUAAUGUAUAGUCUAAAAAAUUGUUUUAAUCGUUAAACGUUAUUUGACCACUUCCACUAAGUCUCUUUGAAAUAAAUAUUAGGGGAGUUGUGUACAAGAUGGGUGCUGAAUAGGUUUUGACUGGGAAAAAUUUGUGCUAAAACCGAGAAAAUUUAUCAAUAGACUGUUUUAUUCAAGUACAUAACCUAUGUACGGAUAAUGCUAACGCAAUUAAUUUUCAAAAAAUUGUGAGUUUUCCGCUUUACCCUCACCUUUUGACUUUAUAAAUUUUCAGCCGGCACCAUGUCGAUAUUGAUUUUUCACAUCUUCAAUCUAACACCGUCAAACAUCCCUUAUAGUAUAAUUCUGAUCAUUAUUCAAUUGAAAACAACGAGUUACGUAAAACGAAUAUCAAACAUCAAUUUGAAGUAAUAUUUAUGCGAAUAAAGCUGAUUGUAAUGUAUUUACACUCAAAGAUUGCGGUUGACCAACUAUUGGUUUUUUUUUAUUAAAUAUUCUCAUCAAUCAAUUUCAAAUGAUGUAUAAUUUAAUAAAAUAACAUAUAGUUGCAUAAACAAUCGCACUAAAUUCGAUUGUAUAUAAUUGUGGCAUUUUUUAUAGUCGUCCCGGAACUAAUACAUUGUAUAUUCAUUAACCAUUGAUUUAAAUAAAAUAUCAUUGGAAAAACAGAUACAUACAAAAUCGAGAAGUGGAAUCCGAGACUGUGAUGAACGUAAUUUAUGUUAUUAGAAUAUUAGUGAGCAAGUUUUUGCCAAAAUAGUGGUAUAAAAAAAUAGAAUCAUUUGUAUUAAAAUACAAAGAGAAGAUAAGAUUAUAAAUUGUACAUUACCAAAUAAAAAAAUUAUUAUUAAUAGUUUAAAAUCUUGUAAUAUACAGUUUGUCCAUUUUAUCAAUAUAAAUUUUACAUAUAAUUGAAAAUGUAAAAUUCUCAUACAAUUUGAAAAAAUUUAUAUUGUAGGUGCAUUUUCAACUUUUAUUCAUUGCUUUGUUCAGUAGGAAAUAUAACAACACGCUCAAGUAAAGAAAUUUAGUCACGUUUAAAAACCUGAAACUCUAAAAUCCAUUCCUCUUAAUAAUACAAAAAUCAAUGUUUAUAACUUUUUUAUUUAAAAUUGAAUUUUUACUUCAUGUCUCCAUAAGUCGUCUUGUGCAUGACCUCUAAGUUCUUUACUACAGCUCUAAAGUCUAUUUAUCAAAGAGAUAUAGUAAACCGAAACAAUGAUCAGUGCGUAAUCAGCACGUGAACGACACUGGCGAAAUCGUUAUUGGUCCAAAUCAAUGGCACCAUAAUAUACCACAAAUAAAAAGUCGCGUUACAGGGGCGAUCGCCGCAUUGCUGAAGAAAUAAAGCGAUCUGGUGUAGUACGGGGACAGCAUCGUAUUAUCUUACUGCAGAGAUCACUUUUUGAAAAGAUACUUUAUUUGAUCAGCAAAAUGACACUAUUAACAAUUAAAAUUACAGUUUACAAUAUUGAUUAUUGAUCGGUCUUUUAUACAACAAAAAAUCAUUUUGACACACAUUCUUCAUGUCCACGUAGACUUAGAUGUUUACCGUAUUUUAUACGGGGAGUAAACAUUAUAUUUCAUUUAUUAAUUUUGUAUGACUGUCUAUUUAUAAAAUAUUAAUUGUUCCUUGCAUAACUGUCUUCUGCAAUUGAUAUUGGAAGAACUAGACAUGCUUGCCUUUAGCGUUUUCAACCCCGAUCACAUGCACUAUGCGUGAAUAAAACGUCGUGGGCAUUAAUUGGAACUCGAGAAAUAGAGAUAUUAUCAUUUUUGUACCAUAUAUUUUUAUAAAGUGGACAUUCUGUAUGAAAAUUGUAAGUAAUUACACCUUUCAUGAAGGUGUAUGUUUUAUAAGUAUAACAAAGUAUUUUAUUCUAUGAUACCGAGUGCCUUUUCUACUGUUUUUAAAUUUAUUGUAUAAUAGAAAUAUUCUACUGUGUAUGAUAAAAUGUGUAAAAAUGUAAAAAUACUUAACUAAUUUUAGCUUUAGGUGAUUUUAUUUAUUUUUUAGUUUAUAUUUUUAUUACACAUUUCAAUUAUUGUAAAUUCUGUAUUUUAUUAAAAAUGUAUAAAAGUG